AUGAUACAAAUGCCGGAAAGUGUUAUGAUCACACUUCUGCUUUCCGUCAAACUGUGGUAUCAUGAUAACCUUACCCGACAUGCAGCAGAGGCGCUGCUGCUUUCCAACGGGCAGGAUGGAAGCUAUCUUUUAAGGAAGAGUAAUGAAAGGGAAGAUUUGUACUCCCUCUCUGUAAGGGGAAAAGAUUCUGUGAAACACUUCCACAUUGAACAUACAGGAACUUCAUUCAAAUUUGGAUUUAAUGAAUUUUCUAGCUUGAAGGAAUUAGUCAUGCAUUUUGCAAAUCAGCCUUUAAUUGGAAGCGAAACAGGAACCUUAAUUGUCUUGAAGCAUCCCUACCCACGGGAAGUGGAAGAACCUUCCAUUUAUGAGUCUGUCCGAGUUCACACAGCGAUGCAGACAGGAAGGACAGAAAGUGAUCUUGUUCCAAAUGCUCCCUCACUUGGUACAAAAGAAGGAUAUUUGAUAAAACAAGGCAAAAUAGUCAAGAAUUGGAAGACAAGGUGGUUUACACUGCAUAGGAAUGAACUUAAGUAUUUCAAAGACCAGACAGCCACAGAACCAAUUAGGGCACUGGACUUAACUGAAUGCUCUGCUGUGCAAUUUGACUAUUCCCAGGAAAGAGUCAAUUGUUUCUGUUUAGUGUUCCCACUAAGGACAUACUACCUGUGUGCGAAAACUGGAAUAGAAGCUGAUGAGUGGAUUAAAAUACUGCGAUGGAAACUGUCGCAAAUACGGAAGCAACUGGAGCAACGCAACUCCACCCUCAGUUCCUAGCUGCACCUCCGGUACUUCUGCUCCAUUGGCAGGGGUCGCCUCUUUGCCAGGGGAAGGCAUCUCUUACAAGAGGACGGUUUCACACGUCUCCAUUACUCACAGUGGGCACACCUGUGCAUGUAUACCCACAUGCAGACGUUUGCAUCCAGCUCUGCACACAAAGGAUAUGUACAGCUGAGUGCUCUCAGGCUGUUGAGUCGCAUGUGGAGAGGGCUGCAAAAUCAGUGUUGGUUUGAUAGACAUGGUGUAUGCCUCUAAUGCACUUCAUUCAGACAUCUGUUAACUAAUCACAGUAGUUAGUCACUGUUUAAAACUUCUGUGGUUAUUUGGAGCACUCUCGAUAAUUCAUUUAUUGCAAGCUCCAUCACAACUAACCAUUAGCAGCACAUUCUGUAACCUUGAGCCUGUUAUUUAAAACCACUCCUGUCUGGAAAUGGUAAAUAUUUCUUUCAUAUUACCUGUUUAGGCUCUAAACCAAAACAAAAAUGACAGAGGUAAUUACAUUUUUGUAAAUAGUAUCUACAUUACAACCCAGAGAAUAUUUCAAGGCCCUUUUCAAGGUGAUGGGAUGAGUAACACUUAGUUCUGGUCAAAUACGGUUUUGUAGAGUUUAGAUUUAUACUGUAGUGAUGGCUACAAGUGAACGUUUGUUUCAAACGGCAUCUCUAGGUGAUGGUGAGCAGCACGCAAGCACGCUUGUUUCUAAAGUAGGAUUGUGAGAGAGGCAGCUGGUUCCUGGUGCAUAUGACAGAGCCACCAUGUGACCCUGUGGGUGGGUGACGGGGCUCUGCAGAAAGCCUUGCCUGGGGCAGCCUCCAGCAUCGUGGGUAGCACAUGUUGGGCCUGUACAGUUAGUUCCCCUUGAAAAUGGGCUGGUUUUAUGAUAUUUUUUUUCUUCCUCACGCAGAGAACUCAAAACGAGGUUUUGUCCAGAACUGUGUUUAGAAUUAAGGGUUGCUUGCUUUGUAUCAAA